AUGCUUAGAUUCCGAGCUGUCACUCUUCUUCAUUCCUACAGACCUCCUCGAUCUCUCACUCGCUCGUUCCACAAAACCAUCAUGGAGAACCACCAAGAGGCCACGCGCGCAAACUGCAUCGUUGGCCGGACAGACGUUCCCGGGUCCAAGAUCCAGUCUCCUAUCCCCGACUACCUCGUUAGAGUGAUGCGCGAGAUAGGGUCAGACAACCCGGGUACGACGGCAUCAUACAUCCCCGAACUCAAGAACGCCGACCCGAACCGCCUCGCCAUCGCCGUCUCCACGAUGGAUGGGUACGUGUACACGGCUGGCGACGCCGAUCUCGAGUUCAGCAUCCAGUCAAUCUCCAAGGCGUUCGUGUACGCCCUCGCCCUCGAGGAACAUGGGAUCGAGUACGUCCGGGAGCGUAUUGGCGUCGAGCCGUCCGGCGAGGCGUUCAACGAGCUGUCUCUUGAGAAGGGGACUGGCCGCCCGCUGAACCCUAUGAUCAACGCUGGCGCUAUUGCCGCGUAUACACUCAUCGGCGUGCCCGAGUUGACCGAGCCAGAGCGUUUCGAGAAGAUCCGCAAGGGCCUUUCCGCAUUCGCUGGUCGCGAGCUCGCUGUCGACGAAAGAGUUUUCGAGAGCGAAAUCAAGACCGCAUACCGCAACUUUGCGAUUGCAAACAUGCUGCGCAACUAUAAUAUCAUCUCCCAGGUUCCGGAGGACGUGGUUGCCGGUUACACCCGCCAGUGUGCUAUCAACGUGACCACGCGCGAUCUUGCCCUCAUGUCGGCGACGCUGUCCAACGGCGGCAUCCAGCCUGUCACUGGCGAGCGCGUUGUAGGCCGCCAGGUCGUGCGCCUGGUCAUGAGCGUCAUGCUCACAUGCGGAAUGUACAACGAAGCCGGCGAGUGGCUCGCCAACAUCGGCUUCCCCUCAAAGUCUGGUGUGGCUGGGGGUAUCAUUGGCUGUCUCCCCGCGCAGGUGGGGAUUGCGACCUGGAGUCCGCGCCUGGAUGUCCAUGGCAACUCGGUCCGAGGAGUGCGCAUGUGCAAGCGCCUCAGCGAUGACAUGGGCAUGCACAUCAUGAACGCGCCGGAGCCUGCCCGCGCCGUCGUCCGCCGCGACUACCUCAUCCACUGCCCGAGUAGCGACGGACACGGUACCCACAUCGCCGCGGUCAUGAGUCUGCAAGGUACGAUCAAUUUCACAUCCGCGGAACGCAUUGCGCGUAUCAUGGCCGCGCGGAGUAUCGACACGCAAAAUGUGCACGUCGACUCGGUCAUUCUCGACCUCCGGCCCGUGUUUAGUAUGAACAGAGUCGCGCGGCGCAUGGUGCGCGAGAUCGUCAGCCGUCUCCGCAAGACGGGUAUGCGCGUCAGCCUCGUUGAUCCCGAGCACAUUCUCCAGAUGUACAAGGAUGGCACGCCUGGUGUUGAGGAGGAUAUGAUGUGUGAUGACAUUUUCGACGACCUCUCGCCGUUUGACAAGUGGGCGCGCAAGACGGUCAACAAGGAGGAGAUGAAGCAGCUCGAUCUAGACUAG